GGUGAGUUUUUGAACUUUGAAACAUGAGGAAAAAAAAAGAACUAGAGAAGAAAUAGACACAUCCAAAGCAAAAACUUAGUUGUUUGUUUCAUCACAACAAAAACUCUCUUUUGUGGUGGGACCCACAAUCUAGCUAUCUUCAACUGUCAUCAUGUACUAAUAUUGUGUCACCCAACAACAUUGUAAAGCUCUCCACUUUCACUUUCCUUCUCAUAAUUCCCAACCAACAAUUUUCUCUCUCUCUUCCACUUUUUCUUCACUUUGAAUUAUGGCUUAAAAAUAAUGGGUCGGUGUUAAAUUACCAUUUUCUUCACUUUUUUGCUGUAUUAGAGAUGCCCAUUUGCAAAAGUUUUCAUUUUUUUCUUUUGGGUUGUGAAUGAAUAAUUUGAUGCCAAUAUUCUCUUUCGAGUUUUGAGAGAGAAUGUAGCGUUUAAGUAAAGAUUUUUUCAUUUUGUUGAUUUUGAAGGUCUUUUUUUUUUUACUUUGUUGGUGAAAAUUGGAAUUGAUUGAGAGGGUAUUAUAUUAUCAAGUUUUGAUUUUUAUAGGGUGUAACUUAAGAGAGAAUUUUUCAUUUUUUUGUUGAGAGUUCUGAAUUUCCACAAAGAUCAGUGCACCAUUUUUUGCAGUGAUGGAUUCAAUUCAAUUAUAUAACAAAAAGUGAAGAGAGUUUUUUUUACAGUUUUUAGGAUAAGCUUUUUUGUUGAGAUUUUCAAAGUUCAAACUUCUGCAUCACGUUUUGAUCAUUGACUAUACAUUUAUUGGAAUAAAAAAGGGAAUCAAUGAGCUGUUUGAGUCUUUGAUUCAUUUUCAAUUAAGAAAAGCUUUAAGCUUUAUAGUUUUCUAUCUCAAUUGGCCUUUUCUUCUGAGAGAAUGUCAGAUUUUUGAGAUUUUCAUCUUUCUCAUAUGGUUAAGGUGUUUAGAAAUAAGGCAUUGAAUUUGAUACCUUCUCCGCCAAAGGAAGCUGAAAUGCCUUGAGCUUCACAUAAUUGGGAAACUUGAAGGAUUGGAAUUGGAAUCCUUGGAUGCUUCAAGAGUUGAUUCAUCAGGUGUUGAGUCCAAAAGGCUCAAAAUAAGAGGUUCACAAUCUUACAUCCGUUUAGGCCAAAACUACCUUAGCAACUUUUAGGUAAAGGAAAAAAGGAUUCAAAAGAAGUCAAUUGUGCUCAAUCAUCAUGGCAAAAAAGUCACAAAGACGCACUGUGCAGUAUGAGAAAGAUAAGUUGGGCUGUAUGUGGGGAUUUAUGAGUAUGUUUGAUUUUCGCCACGGUCACCGUACUAGGAAGUUGAUUGUGGAUAAGAGACGACGCAGCAAGCACUCUGGUGGUAUUGUACAUUCCAAGAAUAAGUUUGAGGUGUUGAACAAUAUGGAUGAAGAUUGUCAAGGCACUUCUGAUUGUGGAGAGAGUAAUAGAUCAACAGUGAGAACUAUUGUUAAUAAGCCUAGUGUGAAGAAACUCAUAGAAGAAGAGAUGUUCAGUGAUCAAAAUGCAAUGAAAGAUAUUGAUAAUUCUGAAGUAGAAUCAAAGGAAUCCAGACAAAGGCGUGAAGUCUUCUUGAAGUUAGAUUCCAAAAGAAAAAAGAAAUCUUGUGAGAAAAAAUGUGAUAUCACCGAUGAUUUAUAUUUGAAUGCUGCAUUGAAAUCUGAAACUUCACGUCAACAGCACUCGAGGAAGCAAUCUAAAGAUAAUCUUGAUGUGGAUACAAUAAUUGAUGAGUUUUGUAAUCUAAGAGGUGUUUGUUCCAUGAUGCAUGGCAAUGAUGGAGAAGUAGAAAAGUAUGCACACAAAAACCAGAAACAGAAGCAUGCUAUUUCUGAAAACAAUUCGAGAGAUGCAAUUCGUGAAUUUGUGAAUCAGAUGAUAUUGAAUGGCAAAGAUCCUGCGGAAGCUAGAAAAUUUCUUUUCUCUGAUGAACUAAUGGAAGCACUUGAGCUUAUAAGUUCUGAUAAGGAAUUGUUUCUUGCAUUUCUACAAAAUCCAAAUCCACUUGUAUUGAAAUGUGUUCAAGAGUUUGAGAAUUCUCGGGAGACGAACGGAAACCAAUAUAGCCGUGUUACAGGUUCCAACUUCUCCGAACAAGAUCAUGGCAAUACAGAACAAACUAUGGAGAUUGUGAACCACAAGAAGCAUAAUUUUUUCAGAAAAAAGGUGAAGUCACAAUCAAAAAGUUCAACAAAUGAAAAUGUGAAUGCCAACAUUUCAAAUAGAAUUGUUAUUCUAAAGCCGGGGUUAGUCGGAAUGGAAAAUUCUGAAACUGAAAACCACCUUGCCUCACCUUCUGUGAGAGGUAGUUCACAUUUUUCUCUUACAGAGAUAAAAAAGAAGUUAAAGCAGGCUAUAGGACGAGAGCGACGUGGAAACUUUGAAGGAGUCUCGAAUAAGGGACCUAGCAACAGAGCCAUAGGUAAAGACAAUGUUGGAAUGAGAUCUCCUAAUAAAGAUCAUUUCUUCAUCGAAAAAAUUGCAAGACCUUCUUCAACCGGUGUUACUAAAGGAGACAAGACCGGUACAAAUAGAGAUUCUGAAGCAGUUGUGGAGCAUGAAAAGGCUACUUAUCCCAAACAAGGUGUUUCUAAUUUAUAUAUUGAAGCUAAGAAACAUUUAUAUGAGAGGAUAGAUAAUGCAGAUGAGAACAAGGACAUGUCAAGUAGGGACAUUUCGAAAACCAUUGGAAGAAUACUAUCUUUUCCUGAUUACAACUUUUCUCCACUUUGCAGUCCUGGAAGGGAUUGGGAGCAUCAUUUUGUGACUGCAAAGACAAGACUUUCUACUUUGGAUAAAUCUCGGGAGGCUAAUAAGGAUAAUUUGUCUCCAAAACAAGCAACCUUUGUUGGUCAUUCGGAUCAGAAGAGAGAUAAUCUAGAGAAGCAGUCAAGCAUGCGCGACGAAAGCUUUGAUAAUAAAUCCCAAGAAAUUAAGUCAGACUCAAAAUUUUCAGACGGCCUAAUUCACGAUGAUAAAGAGGAAAAAUGUUCUCCUGAUAGAGAUGAGAUAGUUCUUGAAGGUGAUGUAGAAUCUGCAAAAGAUAUAACUAUUUUAGAAUCUUCCUCAGAACCAGUUGGCCUCAGUGCAGGAAAUGAGGACCAAAGCAAUAAUAUCUCAGAAAUUUCUGAUAGUGCAACAUGUUCUCAACGUUUGGAGCAGGAUGUAAUAACAGAAGAAAACCAAUCAUCAUCUCCACUUUCAUCCCCCUGUCACUCUUCAAUCACAAGGAAAACUAAAGAGCAAGAGAUUCUCACAGACGUAUCGGAGCGGCCAAGUCCAAUGUCUGUUCUUGAUAUUCCAUUCUUAGAGGAUGAUGCCAGCUCUGUGAACUCCAGAUGUCAGCCAGCUGAAGUAUCGGUACGGUCACUACAUGUUCAAUUUGAAGAACAAGAUUCUUCACUUGUGAAUCAAAUCGAGAGAUCAAAAUCUUGUAUCGAAGAAAAUAAAUCAAUAUACGAGUACAUCGAAGCAGUCCUGCAAGCCUCUGGAUUGACAAGAGAUCAAUUGUCGAUGAAAUGCUUUUCCUCAGACAAGAUACUAGAUCCUUCCUUGUUUGAUCAGGUAGAGUUAUCACCAAACCGUAUUUGCCACGAUUCAAAACUCCUAUAUGACGGUAUCAAUGAAGUUCUCAUGGAGGUUUGUUGCGAUUACUUCGGUGCCUCGCCUUUUGUAUCAUUCGUAAGUCCUAGCAUAAAGCCAACUCCAAAUAUGAAAAGGGUUAUUCUCAUGAUCUUGGAAGGACUGUGUUGGCAUUUACUUCCCAUGCCACUACCACACACUUUGGACAAAAUUGUUAGUAAAGACAUCGAAAAAAGUGCAGCAUGGAUGGACCUUCGAUUUGAAGCCGAAACAGUUGGUUUUGAAAUAGGCGAUGUCAUUCUAGCAGAACUGAUGGAAGAUACUAUACUUAGCUGUUUAAGCAAAAGUGCAGAAGGUGAAAGUUUUGAGCAUAAAGACGCAAGAAGUGAUGAACAACGUUAA